CCCACACGCGCUCCGCCGACCCGCGUUAUAAACUCCAAAGCGCGCCUCCUCGUUCAUUUACUGCUCGCGCCUUCACCGGAGGAGUCACCCGCGACCGGAGGCAAGGAUGGACUCCAGAGAGCACGAGUGCGGCGUUUGUUACCGGACCUUCAACGCGGGCCGCCGGUGUCCCCGGGAGCUCCACUGCAAACACAGCUUCUGCGAGAGCUGCCUGCGGGCCCUCUCGCGACCCCUGGGGGCCCAACGACUCAUCGUGUGCCCGCUGUGCCGACACGCCACCUCCAUCUCCGGGGACGGGGCGGACGUGAGGGCCGAGCUGAGGGUGGAUGAGUGCGUCCUGGAGCGGCUGAUAGUCUGCGGGGUCCUCGACCAGGAGGAGGAGGAGGAGGAGGAGGAAGAGGAGGAGGGUCCGGUCGGUCGGGUUUGUCAUGAGCCGACGCUUCCCGAGACUCCAGCCGAGGAGGGCGACUUCUCCUCGGGCUCCAGAGGCGGGAGGCUCCGGGGGGGCUGGAGGCGCGUCUGGAGGUCGAUCAGCGGGAAGAGGAGGAGCCGAGAUGACUGUAUGAGCGGUGAGAACAUGAGGGACCUCGCCUUGAUGUCCAUCUACAUGUUUUAAAGAGUCCACAACUUCAGAUACCUGGACUGAUGUGAAACUAUUUAUUUCCAAUGGUUCUCCUCUGCAACAUGAACUUUUGAUGAUGAUGUGACGAAACCAUGCUGGCUAAACCACAGCCAGCCAUUAUUCAAGCGAGCUUUUGCGCUUUCCGAUUGCAGGUUUAAUAGCUACCACUAUGUAGCCGUUGCACACGUAUGACAAAAGAAAAAUGGAAAACUUCUGAGUUGCCGAAGUGGCCUUUUGUGGGCCUAUUAUUGCACAAUGUAUAUGGUUCUUACUAUUAUCAUGAAUGUAUUUUUUUGUAUUAUUGUUACAUAUUUAAUGAAAAAUAAAUGAGUUGUUUUACAUUCAA